UGGUAACCCUAAGUUGGACGCCAUUUUGCGUGUGUGUUAAAAACUGUGAGUUUGGCGAAACGUUUUUGAUUUGUGAAAUAACCACUAACUUGUUUUUAUUAUAAUGGGCGAGGAUAAAGACCGCCGACGCAGAUCACGUUCAAGGGAACAACGGCGUCGUUCGCGUUCGAGAUCAAAAGAACGUAGAGAAAAGAGGAGGAGUAAAUCCAGGUCACCGCAAACUAAGAGAUCGCGCCGACGUAAGCCUUCCCUUUAUUGGGAUGUACCGCCUCCGGGUUUCGAACACAUCACUCCGUUGCAAUAUAAAGCCAUGCAAGCGGCGGGACAAAUUCCGGCUAACAUAGUAGCUGAUACGCCACAAGCCGCUGUUCCAGUUGUGGGCUCGACUAUCACUCGACAAGCACGCAGGUUGUACGUGGGCAACAUACCAUUCGGUGUCACCGAAGAAGAGACCAUGGAGUUCUUCAAUCAACAGAUGCAUCUGUCCGGCUUGGCACAAGCUGCUGGUAACCCAGUGCUAGCAUGCCAGAUAAACUUGGAUAAAAACUUUGCAUUCCUCGAGUUUAGGUCGAUUGAUGAAACCACUCAAGCUAUGGCAUUUGAUGGCAUCAAUUUUAAGGGUCAAAGCUUGAAAAUCCGACGGCCGCACGACUAUCAACCAAUGCCCGGGACAGAAAACCCAUCAAUUAAUGUCCCCGCUGGUGUUAUCAGUACUGUAGUUCCAGAUUCACCGCACAAAAUCUUUAUUGGCGGUCUGCCUAACUAUCUCAAUGAGGAUCAAGUAAAGGAACUUCUGAUGUCAUUUGGCCAGCUGCGAGCCUUCAACUUGGUAAAGGAUUCCUCAACAGGCCUGAGCAAGGGCUAUGCUUUUGCCGAAUAUGUUGAUAUAUCAAUGACUGAUCAGGCUAUUGCGGGUCUGAAUGGUAUGCAGCUGGGAGAUAAGAAGCUUAUUGUUCAACGUGCAAGUAUUGGAGCUAAGAAUUCAACAUUGGCAAUGACGGGCGCGGCGCCAGUAACUCUUCAAGUGGCGGGCCUGACGCUGGCGGGCGCAGGCCCGGCCACUGAGGUGCUUUGCCUACUCAACAUGGUGACACCUGACGAGCUUCGUGACGAGGAGGAAUAUGAGGAUAUCCUCGAGGACAUAAAGGAGGAAUGUAAUAAAUAUGGUUGUGUGCGUAGUAUAGAAAUUCCUCGUCCAAUUGAAGGCGUUGAAGUACCUGGAUGCGGAAAGGUGUUCGUAGAAUUCAACAGUAUCGCAGAUUGUCAGAAAGCUCAACAGACGCUUACCGGGAGGAAAUUCAGCAAUCGCGUUGUAGUCACAUCAUACUUCGACCCCGACAAGUAUCACCGCAGAGAGUUUUAAACCAUCCAACCCAACCAUCACCUCAAAUUAACUUUAAUCUUUAUGUACUCACUCAAUGCAGAUAAUAAUAAAAUCGUAAAAUAUGACAUGUUCUGUGAAUGAAGUUUACCAGCACACCUGUAAUAACUGAAUAACACAAUAAAUAAGGUAAUUAAUUUAUCUUUAAAAAAUU